AUGAGUGCAGGUGCAAUGGCCAUUCAACAAUCGUUUGGCAGUCCUCGAUAUAAUGCACAAAGACGAAAAUUAGCUGGCGUUAAAAAACAGAUAUUCAAUCCAAGACUACCGACAAUUCGUCGCAUGGAACGAGACGAUACAUUGUGUCGAUUACCCGAUGAACAUUCACGACAUACAACGUUCAUUGAUGAGGAAGAAUUUGAAAAAAUGGACCCAACACAAAGAGAGCCUUAUAUUGAUUUUACCGGAUUAAACUGGCAUGAUUGUGGCAAAGUGUUAAUGGGUACGUACCAUGAAGGAUGGCCACAACGAAGCAAUACACCAACAUUUGGAGCACGUUUACGUGCCGAUAAAUCUGAGCGUCAUAGUCAAUCAAGUGAAAGUGUACAUCGUUCUUACUUAAAUCAUCCUGUUCAAUACAAUUACCGAAAUUAUGGUCAUGGUACAUUGGAUAAAAAUAGCAAAUACAAUUUAUGGCCGAGAUUUCAUAUGAAUACACGAAAUUCGUUUGAUAGCAUUAAUAGAAUGCCAUUACCAAAAAAUAUGGAGAAUAUAUUUCGUUCAUCGAGUAUGAAGGCUAGUGUAUCCAGUUCUCCGUGGAAACCAAGUGGAGCUGUAACAGCCAGAGAUGUUUAA